AUGUCAUCAUCAUCAUCUGCUAAUACUAAACCAGAAUCACCAACAGCAAUGCUAUCCGAUAAUUUGUUCAAUGUAAAGGGAAAGAUUGUUGUCAUUACUGGUGGCACGAGAGGAAUUGGCUUGGCCAUUGCACAAGGCUUUCUCAUGAAUGGAGUUGCUAAAGUUUACGUCUGUUCGAGAAGGAAGGAAGCCUGCCAACAAGUUGAAGAUCAAGUGAAUCAAUUCGUUAAAAAGUACUAUAGUGGAAAAGAUCAAAUUCCAAAACUUGUUGCUUUACAGGCUGAUUUGGCCACAAUGGAAGGAAUUGAAUCAUUUUGUAGUCAAAUUGUUGAAGAUAAGGUUGAUGUCUUGGUCAAUAAUAGUGGAACUAAUUGGGGAGAAUCAGUGGAUACUUAUCCUGAACAUGCUUGGGAUAAGGUUAUGGAUUUGAAUUUAAAGACACCUUUCUAUGUGAUUCAAAAGUUACUGCCAAAAUUGAGAAAUGCUGCCUCAAUUGAUAAUCCAGCAAGAAUUGUGAAUAUUGGAUCAAUUAAUGGAGUGACUUGUCCUAAUAUGGAUACAUUUGCAUAUUCUGUUUCUAAAGCUGGAUUGCAUCAUUUGACUAAACACUUGGCACUUCGUUUGGCAAGUGAUCAUAUUGCUGUCAAUGCAUUGGCUUGUGGAUUCUUCUUUACCAAAAUGACAAAACAAACCUUUGAAGACUUUGGAGAUCACAUUAUGGAAAAUAUUCCUCUUGGAAGAGUUUCCAAAGGAUCUGACAUUGUUGGAGCUACUCUCUUUCUUUCCAGUCUUGCAUCUGCCUGGAUGACUGGUAAUAUCAUUGCCAUCGAUGGAGGCUCUCUCAUCAAAUCCAAAAAAAGACAAUUUUCGACACAACAAAUUGUUGAAUCUUCCUUUGGUCAUCAUCAUCAAUUUCUUGUUGAUAACAAGCCUUUGAUUGUUGAUCAACAGGUGAGUCAUAUCAAGGGAUCGACAAGGGAACCACUCAUUCAUGAAACCUUGUUUGAAUUGUUUGAGAAACGUGUCUAUGAGAUGGAUUCUCAUCCAUUGUUGCAAGUUAGUGGUUCCGAACAUAAUUUAAAUCAGGAUCAGACCUUUUCAUGGAGAGAGGUUCAUGAGCAGAGUUUAAAACUUGCUAAUGCUCUUCAUAGAUUGGGAUAUAAGAAGGAGGAUCGUAUUGGAAUUUGGAUGCCUAAUUCACAUGAAUGGUCAAUUGUGUUGAUGGCAGCUGCCAAGUUGGGUUUGAUUGUUGUAAAUGUUAAUCCUGCUUAUAGAAAGCAUGAAUUGCAACAUGCUUUGAAUUUGGUACAAUGCAAGGGUUUGAUUAUUGUUCCAGAAUAUAAGGGAACUAAUUAUGUUCAAAUGUUAUAUGAUUUGUGUCCUGGAUUGGAUAGAAAUGUGAAUCAAAAUGGCGGAAAACAUGCUUAUUCAGAUGAAAUGCAAGUGCCAACUGUUGAAUCUGAAGCAUUACCUCAUUUGAGACAUAUUUUCUACUGUUCUCCAUCUAGAGCUUUCUUCCCUGGAAUGAUUGAUUUUACAAAUGAAUUGUUGAACAUGUCCAUUCCAAAAGGAUUGACUCAUCAACAAUGGAUGAAAGCCAAGCAUAAUUGUAAUGAUACUUUAAAUAUUCAAUUUACAUCUGGAACAACUGGAUUACCAAAGGGAGCUGCCCUUUCACAUUUUAACAUUGUAAAUAAUUCAUAUUUUGUUGGAAAGGCAAUGAAUUUGCAGACUGGAGUUGACAAACUGGCCUUGUGUGUUCCAUUUUACCAUUGUUUUGGUUCAAAUUUGGGAUUCUUGGCCUUCUCCCUUCAUGGUUGUGGAAUUGUCUUGUCAAGCUUUGGAUUUGAUCCUGAAGCCACUCUCAGAGCAGUUCACAAAUACAAAUGCACAGCUCUUCAUGGCGUUCCAACAAUGUUUAUUGCUGAAUUGGAACAUCCAAACUUUAAGAAAUAUGACUUGUCAUCCCUUCGUACAGGUAUUGUGGCUGGUGCUUUGUGUCCAAUGCCACUCAUGAAAAGAUGUAUCAAUGAAAUGAAUUUGAGAGAAUUGAUUAAUGUUUAUGGUAUGACUGAGACAUCUCCUUACUCAUUCAAUACACAUAUUAAUGAUAGUUUGGAAGUUCGUACCACCUCAGUUGGUAGAAUCCAUCCUCAUGUUGAAGCAAGAGUUGUGGAUCCAGAAACUGGAAAGGUUGUCCCAUUUGGAACUCAAGGUGAAUUGCAAGUGAGAGGAUAUUUGGUUAUGAAAUAUUAUUGGGAUCAACCAGAAGCCACUAAGAAAGUCAUUGAAAAUGGAUGGAUGAAGACUGGUGAUAUUGCCGUAUUCAGAACCGAUGAAAAUGGACCAUACUGUAGCAUUGAAGGAAGAAUUAAGGAUAUUAUCAUUAGAGGAGGUGAAAAUAUUGUACCACGUGAAAUUGAGAAUUUCCUCUACAUGAAUCCAAAUAUUAAGGAUGUUGCAAUUGUUGGAGUUCCUGAUGAGAAAUACGGAGAACAAAUUUGUGCUUGUAUUAUAUUGAAGAGUGGAAAAUCAUUAACUGAAGAAGAAUUGAGAGCUUUCUGUCAAGGACAAAUAGCUCACUACAAGAUUCCAAAAUAUGUCAUGUUUAUGGAUGAAUUCCCAAUGACUGUUACAGGAAAGAUUCAAAAGUUUGUAUUGCGUGAUUGGGCAACAGACAAAUUAGGAUUGAAAAAGUAAUUGUUACUUUGUAAACUAUUAAAAAAUACUUGUAAAUUAUUAUG